AUGGCUAAAAAAAGUACAUUCUCCAAAGCAAACAAGGCUAAUAAAAUAAAAAAGAAAUCAAAAUUUGAUGAACGAGAACCUUUACCUAGAAGGAUUUUUAAAAAAGGCGAUAGGAAUCGCAGAUUUAAAAAUAAUGAUGGAAAAAGGAAAUCGGAAUACCCCGACGAAUUGGAAGUGAACAAUAACUUUAGUCUUUUGGAACAGGAACAGGAGGAGAACAGGAAAGAACGUGAAGGCACCCAGCAUUCACGACAAAAAGAUAGUACCAGUGAUUUCUUAAAGCCGUCAGUGAAUCAGUCGGGACGAGUCGAUCCUUUGGAAACCCUAGAAAAGUUAGAUCUUCCGGAAGAAGCAAUCAAGAAAGGAGCGCCCUCGAUCUUAGUAGGUUUAGAGAAGCUGAAUGGUAAGACUGAAAAGCCAGGACCAGAACCAAAGAACGCUGUAGAUGAAAAUGCAGAUUAUAUUGGUUUCGAUUGGAAUAGUGACGAAGAUGUAAAGGACACUUCGAAAAAGGAAGCAAAUGAUGUUGGACCUAAUAACAUUCCUGGCUUUAUGCAAAAUAACGGUCGGUUUUUCCACGAGGCCAGCAAACCAAAUGAGGAUAUCAGUAGGAAGAGAAAGCGUAUGGCAUACGAGAUUGAUCCUAGCUCUUGCCCUUGGCAUAGACCUUACAAAGCAGAUGUUGAAGUAUCUCGACUCUUGCAUCAGGAUAUAAACCAAUUUGUUGAAUAUAUAACGCCGACGCCGGAAGAACAUGCUGUUCGAAAAUCUUUAAUUUCGCGAAUUAAUAGCGCGGUUUUAAAGAAAUGGCCAGAUGUUUCCGUAUACGUAUUUGGAAGUUUUGAAACCCGUCUUUAUCUUCCUACCUCUGAUCUUGAUAUGGUAAUAAUGUCUUCGGAUAGUCAUUAUCGUGGAAGCAAGAAGGACAUGUUUGUCUUGGCCCAUCACCUGAGGAAGUGUAAAGUCGCUACUGAUAUACAAGUUAUUACUACCGCUAAUGUGCCUAUUAUCAAAUUUGUGGAUCCCAUAACAAAGAUCCAUGUCGAUGCAUCUUUUAACCAAGCGGGUGGUUUGAAAACUUGCCUGGUCGUUAACGGCUUUUUGAAGAAAUACCCUGCUCUCCGUCCUCUUGUAAUUAUUGUUAAACAUUACCUAAACAUGCGCGCUCUAAAUGAGGUGUUUUUGGGUGGUCUUAGCAGUUACGCUAUUGUUUGUUUGGUGGUCUCUUUUCUUCAACUUCAUCCGAGAUUAAGUACUGGCUCCAUUCGUGAAGAAGAUAAUUACGGGGUUUUGCUUUUAGAAUUUUUAGAACUUUAUGGUAAGCGUUUCUAUUACGAUGCAGUCGGUAUUGCCGUUCACAAUGGUGGAUUUUAUUUUUCAAAGAAAAAGCAAGGAUGGUUAAGACCAAAUCAACCUUAUUUGUUAUCUAUUAUGGAUCCUGUUGAAUUCACUAAUGAUGUGUCGAAAUCUAGUCGAGGUCUACUCCGCGUUAAAGCUACCCUGGGUAAUGGAUUUGACUUAUUAACAAAUGAGUUAUUUGCGCUCGCUUCUAGGAUUGAGCGAGAGGGAUCACGUAGAGCAAGUGAUUUCCCUAGUAUCUUGGGCAGCAUCAUUUCUGUGGAUGAAGGUGUUCGUAAACAUAGAGUUCACAUGCUGAAUUGUUUUAAUGAGCAUCCUAUUCCAUUAGAGCCGAUGGUUGACGUUGAACAACUCUCUAGUAUUGAUGUUGAUCAUCUUCCUACGGAUAAUGUAGAUUUACAGUUUGUGGAAGAUGAAUCUGAUUCAGAUGAGGUUGAACAGGAGACGGAUGAGUUAGUAGGAAAAAAAGGGCUAAGCGACCUUCAAGAGAUUGAUCAAAAUCAAGGGUUGUCAGAUGCUUCGGAUUCUCGUAUGAAUGCAAAAGAUCUAUUUAAUAUUGACGAAGAAAGCUCCGAAGAGUACGAGAAAAACAACGAUGAGCCCACUCGCGACUAUCAAAGGUCUGACGAAGAGGAGUCGCGUGCGACAAAAGUGAGAAGGAAGACUCGAUGA